GACGAUCUCAAGCCUCUUCCUUAGUUCUACACAGUAUUCGGAGACGGCAACAUUAUGUCCGAGUCAAAGACGUACCGCCCACAGCGCUCGGGAUCUCGCCUGAGUAAGUCCUCGAGGGGAUAUAAAGAAGACCAGGUCCAGAGUUCGGAAGCCUCUCUUCAUGUUCGCCUGCAUCUUCAACCAACACCUGUCCCCAAACCCCUCGGAAAUAACAUAGCGACCACGGAACUCUAAACGGCUAUUGCAACCAUCAUGGCGGUCCUAUCAGCCCUUUACGGUGUUAGCUCGACCAUCUUCUCCAAUCUGUUCAUCAAGCUUCCGGUUCCUCAGAGCACCCCAGACUUGGCGGAGCAGACGAUCGUGGUCACGGGUUCCAACACGGGUCUAGGAUUGGAGGCCAGCCGGCAUCUCCUCCGCCUGGGAGUGGGAAAGCUUAUCAUGGCCGUCCGGGACCUGAAGAAAGGCGAAAAGGCCCGGGCGGAACUCCUAGAGUCCACCAAGCGACUCCCGGACUCGGUCGAGGUUUGGCAUCUAGACAUGGAGAACCAUGACUCGAUCAAGAGCUUUGCCCAUCGUGCCAAUACCGAGCUGCCACGCCUCGACGCCGUGCUUGCCAACGCCGGCAUCCUGGCGGGCAAGUUCACGCUCUCGAACGGCAUCGAGAAGACCAUAGCAGUCAACGUCGUCUCGACCUAUCUUCUCUUCCUGCUGCUCCUCCCAAAGCUGCGCCAGGCGCCAUCCACAGGACGGUUUGUCAUUCCAAACUCGGCAUUGCACUACUUGGCGCCCACGAAGGACCUCGAGGUGGCGGCGGGCGGAAAAUCCAUCUUUGCCCGGCUCAACGACCCGAACAACGUGGACAUGGAGGCCCGGUAUAGCGUCUCCAAACUUCUCGUCAUAUACGUCACCCGCGAGUUUGCGUCCAUGAUGGCCGCAUCGGACAAGCCUGCCGUUAUCGUGAACACGCCGAACCCCAGCUACUGCAAAUCAGGUCUGCUGCGAGAGGCUCCAGGGCCAGCUCCGCCCAGCUUCCUGGCCCGCACCACCGAGAUGGGCAGCAGAGCACUGGUGCAUGGCCUCCUCGCCGGUCCCGAGAGCAGCGGGCAAUAUCUGACUAAAUCAUGUCUUUGGGACUUCACUGCAACAGUCCAGCAUCGCAUGUUACCAACAAGACCGGUGCGCAAAUACAGAAGGCCUUCUUCAAAGAGCUAAUGAGGGAGCUCGAUUCCAUCGUGCCUGGUGUUUCGGCAAAUUUGUGAUUGUACAUUGUCUGGUUCUGCGCUGGAGGGAAUUGGGUUAGACUUAGGUAAUCGAACAACCAUGUAAAGUAGUGUAUGAUCCUUUCAACCUCACCUCUGCGAUCAACUGACAGCUCCACCGAUCUCUCCAUACCAUCCCACGGCUCUCACCGGGCUGGC